CGCUUCCUGAACACGUCACGUCUCCAGGAGGGUGGGCGUGUCGCCGAUGACGUCACGCAAACUUUAAUUUGUGACUUUGGGUCGCGGCCGCCAGGGCUUCCAGCGCUUUAAAGGGAUCCGCGCCGGAUGGGUGACGGGCCGAGUGUUUCGCGCAGCUUCGAAGCGGUGUUUUUUUUUUGGUUCGUGCGCGUUUGUUCUUACGUUCUGCCACUUAUUACAGCCAGGGACAUGUCUGUGAUCACGUGUCGCGUGCAGUACCUGGAUGACGCGGACCCUUUCGCGUGCACCAAUUUCGCGGAGCCGCGCAGACCGCCGCCCUACACCUUCUACGAGCACGUGCCGCUGAGCGAGCAGAUCGCGGGGGUCCACAAGCUGCUGGACGCUCCGCUCAAGCUGGAGGAAUGCACCUUACAGCUCUCUCCCGGAGGGAACUACCUGGACUUGGAGUCGUCCCUGGCAGAGCAGCGUGACGACCUGGAGCUCUUCUACGAAGACGUGGCCCAGGGGAAGAAGCCCAUCCUGAUCCUGCGGACCCAGCUCUCGGUCCGGGUUCACUCCAUCCUAGAGAAGCUGUACAACUCCAAUGGACCUGAGCUUAGAAGAUCCCUGUUCUCACUUAAGCAGCUAUUCCAGGACGAUAAGGACCUGGUGCCAGAGUUUGUGAAUUCUGAGGGUCUGACGUGUUUCAUAAAAGUGGGAGCGGAAGCUGACCAGAACUACCAGAACUACAUCUUGAGAGCCCUCAGCCAGAUCAUGCUGUUUGUGGACGGGAUGAACGGAGUCAUCCAGCACAAUGAAACGCUGCAGUGGCUGUACACGUUGUGCGGCAGCCUGUCGCGGCUGGUUGUGAAAACGGCGCUCAAGCUGCUCAUCGUGUUCGUGGAGUACAUAGAUUCCAACAGCCCUCUGCUCAUCCAGGCCGUCGGUACCGUCGACAGCAAGAGGGGCGUGAAGCCCUGGACCUACCUGAUGGACAUCCUGGAGGAGAAGAAUUGCUCCGACAGCGAGCUACUUGUCUACACCGUGUCCCUCAUUAACAAGACGCUGGCUGCUUUACCGGAUCAGGACUCCUUCUAUGAUGUCACGGACUGCCUGGAGGAGCUGGGCAUGGAGCGCAUCAUGCAGAAGCACAUGAGCAGCAAGGGCACCGAGGCCGACCUCAAACAGCAGCUUGCCAUUUACGAGAACGCUCUGAGGUUCGAGGAUGGUGAAGUGGAAGAGCCGCACCCAAAUACCCGACGAGAGCGUCGGAAAGGGGCCCUGAAUGCAGAGGAGGGCAGGAGGAGCCGGAGGUCAUCGUUCAAUAAUUUAGUGGAUGGUUCGGUAACCCUUGCUGUCCCUCCCCCCUCGUCCCCUCGGUCGCCUGAGCUUCAUGCCUCCACAACGCUGCCCCCAGUGUCCGGUGGCAGUACUGCGCCCGCAACGCCGGCGCGUUCUUUCAUGAGUCAUUAUCUGUCCAGUAAGGGGAUUUCUAGGAGGUCAAGGUACUUUAACAAGGCGGGGUCACUAACCGAAGAGCCUUCUCCUGCCACCAGACCAUCUCCGACAAACUCCGUCCCUCUGGAAGAGCCGCCGCCACUGCCGGACCCUCAGCCACAGAUGGAGAGCAGAGGUGCUCUCAGCCUGGAGGCUUGUACAAUGAACCUGGACAAACCGGUUCUGAGGAAGUUUAAGGGCACCUUUCUACGGAACUUGGAGGCCACACAGUGGGAGCACAGGAAGAAGCAAUCUUCUCAUGGGAAACCUUCUACUGAGGAGACUGCGGAAGAACCUGAAGACCUCGCUUCCAACACUGUGGAGCCGACGUCCAACACCAUGGAACCAACCUCCAAUAUAUCGGUCAAAACAGGAUGGACGGGGAGCGACCAGCCCAGCGCACAAGGGCGGCACCACCAGGAAGCACGUGACCCAGAGCCCAAACUGUCCUUUCUCCCUUCAGAACAGCCUGAGGUCAAAGAGGAGGCUCAUGAUGAACUGGGUGUCAAGCGACAGGGCAGUGUGGCGGAGCAACGCCGGACCCUCUCCAGGGACAGGAAGUUCAUGCUGGACAUGCUCUACGCCAGGAGUCCCUCAGGAUCCUUGACAAGUCCGUCAGAAGAGCAGUGCCCGGAGGGAGGCAGGGCUGGCGAUGGGGACGAGUCUCCGUCUCUUAUGGAGAAGAAGCAGCUGUUCCUUCCCAGGGGCAAGGUGGAGAGCCCCCAGAAGGCAGAGCUGGAGAGCCUGGGUGGACGCGCGAAGGCAGCCAAGGCACGGCUGGCGGAGGAACAGCAGGGCCGGGCCGUGAGACCCCAGUGCAGCAUCGAUGCAGAAAUGCACUCGCACAAUCUGGAGACCACACUAAUGAUGCCGCUCUCCCGGGACAGCAAGGGUGCGUGGGACAGGCUGCAGCCCACCUCCCGAGCGCUGAAGAUCAAAGACCUUGACUUCUCUGACCUUCUGGAGGAGGAGGACAUCGACGUGUUGGACGCGGACUCGUUUGACGCGAGGGUGCCCAACGGGAUACCUCCUCCCCCGCCAACCCUGGCGGGCCUCGGGUCCCCUCUGCCACCCACCCCACCCCCUCCUCCUCCUCCUCCACCCCCUGGAGUCCUGGGACUGGGGUCUCCGCCCCCUCCACCCCCUCCACCCCCUCCCCCACCUGCUGGAGGUGUGUCUUCCCCUCCCCCAGGCAUGCCCCCGCCACCCCCCCAUCAGGGCACAGAGAGUGCAGUUUCUAAGAAGAAGAAGACGGUCAAGCUGUUCUGGAAGGAGCUCAAGCAGUCCGACAGCCCUAGGAAGUCCAAGUUUGGCCGAGGAACGGUGUGGGCGUCUUUGGACAAAGUGGCCGUGGACUCAGCCAAGCUGGAACACCUGUUUGAGUCCCGUGCAAAGGAGCUGCCGGUGGCCAAGAAAGGGGCAGAGGUAAAGAAGUCUGAGAUCCUGGUGUUGGAUCCCAAAAGGAGCAAUGCUAUUAACAUUGGCAUGACCGUUCUCCCGUCGAUAAACAUCAUCAAGAAUGCCAUUCUCACCUUCGAUGAGUUUGCAAUUACCAAAGAAGGCAUUGAGAAAAUCCUGACCAUGAUGCCAAGCGAUGAGGAAAAGCAGAGGAUCCAGGAGGCGCAGCUAGCCAAUCCAGAUGUGCCGCUGGGGUCAGCAGAGAAGUUCCUGUUCACCCUGUCCUCCAUCAGUGCCCUGAGUGCCAGGCUGCAGCUGUGGGCCUUCAGGCUCAACUACGAGACCCUGGAGAAGGAGGUGGCAGAGCCCUUGUUUGACCUGAAGCUGGGUAUGGAGCAGCUCGCCAUGAACACAACGUUCAAGAGGAUCCUCGCAACCCUGCUGGCCAUUGGAAACUUCCUUAAUGGUUCCAACGCCAAGGGCUUCGAGCUCAGCUAUCUGGACAAGGUAACGGAGGUGAAGGACACGGUGCACCGGCAGUCCCUCCUGUACCACACGUGCCACGUCGUGGUGGAAAAGUACCCGGAGACGUCGGACAUGUACUCGGAGAUUCCUGCCAUCACACGCUCUGCCAAAGUGGACUUUGAGCAGCUUUCAGACAACCUGGUGCAACUGGAGCGGAAGUGCAAGUCAUCGUGGGACAACCUGAAGGUGAUGGCCAAGCACGAGGCCAAGGCAGAGUUGAAAAACAAGAUGACCGAGUUCCUGAAGGACUGUACGGAGAGGAUCAUCAUCCUGAAGGUCGUGCAUCGACGCAUCAUCAACAGGUUCCAUUCGUUCCUGCUGUACCUGGGCCAGCCGUCCUACUCGGUGCGGGACAUCAAGGUGACCCAGUUCUGCAAGAUCAUCAGUGAGUUCUCCCUUGAGUACCGCACCACCCGGGAGCGAGUUCUAACCCAGAAGCGCAAGCGGGCAGCCCACCGUGAGCGGACCAAGACCCGUGGGAAGAUGAUCACAGAGACAGAGAAGUUUUCCGCUGCAGUUUCUCCUCCACCCGAGAGCAGCCCUGCUCCCGUGUGGAUGACGGCGGAUUUGGAGCCAUCGCAGGAGGAGCACGAGAACAUGAAGAACCUGCUGACCGCCAGAGUGGACCAAGGCAUCAUGCGCCGCAGCCGCGCUGUCAGAAGCUUCGGGGGCACCGUCCCAGUGAACAGCAUGUCCGCAAAAGAGGACAGUCCUGGUUCCCAAGAUGACGCCACGGACGAAAUCAUGGACCGUCUCGUGAAGUCCGUCACGCAGAAUCCAACGCAAAGACCAUCCAGUCCGAAAACCCGCAAGCGUUCCCGCCUCAACCGGAAAUCCUUGCGAAGAACCCUGAAAAGUGGCCUCAGCGUGGACAUGGUGCAGGCCCUGGGGCUGAGCAAGGGUAACGAGCAGAUGUGAGAGGACACCUGAGAAGGUCCCGGCCGCCGAGACCCAUCGGCGGGGAGCGGGAGGGGCGAGGUGUUUCGGAGGCGGUCGCCACCAGACGAUGUCGCAGAGACCGGCGUCGCCACGGAUCACAUGUUAAACGUGCACCUGAAUCACUUGCGUGUUGUACACCUGUACUGAAGGUGUUCCUCAUGAAGCUCCGGUGAACCCGUCUCAGCAGCUGCCAUGAAAGGAGGGCGUUUCCAAUGAUGCAAGCUGCUCUUUUUAUAGUAAUUCAAAUUUGCUGCUUUUACAUUUUCUUGUUACAUUCACAGAACAGUAUGUUUUGCACAUGAGCAAAAGCACUAUGAGUGUGCGUGCGUGCGUGCGUGCGUGCGUGUACAGAACUUGCAGUCGUCACGGUUACUGUGUCUCCAGCUUGUAUGGUCUAGUUUUGAGGUGUGUGGAAGCGGGGCGUCUGCACGGCGCACCUGAGCAGGGGGGUCACACUCCUCCGCUUUAACUUGCAUUUCCCGUGGAUGGGAAACGUAUCUGCGUCACGUGUGUGUUCAUCACAUUGCCGUUUGGGCCAUUUAUGUAGUGAUUCCCCCCAACAAAUAUGCAUUUUUAUUAAUUAAA